CCCCACUCGUAGCCGAGCCGAUUUAGUUCCCACUCAGAAGAGAGAGAAAGUAGGGGAGAGAGAGAGGCGCGAGGAAGCCGACCAGAAGCGUCAACGCGUCGUCGGCUCUGCUUAGAGCUUUGACUCAUCGACUGAUCUCGAGUUCAGAUCGGCUCUUCUUGGCUAAGAUCGACUUUCGUAUUCGGCGUGCUUUCGGAUCUCUUCUUUGACCGGAUCUGCACCGGCGGCGGCUUGCGGGAGCUCACACUCACCACCGACCUCCGACGACGGCGGCGUGGACGGACAUUGAUUUCGUGGUGGCGAUCUCUAGCUGAGGCAUGUACUAAUCAAAGGUGUAUGAGACCUUAUGCUGAGCUUUGGCGUUAAUAUCAUUGUCAAGUUCUGAUAAUCAAAUGACUUGAGUUUCAACUAAUAAAGAAUUUUUCACGAGAUGGAGUGGAGUAAUACACCUAAAGGCAUGAAAGAUAUGGAUACUAAAACUAUUACAGACGUGCCACUUUUACCCUUCGUAGAACCUCUGGAUGUUACACCAGAGAAACGAGAUGCUUCUUCAGCACCAAAACCUAAGAAGAAGUCGAUGACUUCCUUGUAUCUCAAGUUCUUUGAAACUGCCCCUAAUGGGAAGAGUAGACGAUGUAGAUUUUGCAAACAAAGCUAUUCUAUAGCUACUGCAACAGGCAAUCUUGGAAGACAUCUCAAUAUUCGGCAUCCAGGAUAUGAUAAGCUGGGUAAUUCUUCCCAACAAGCUCUAGAGGAUUCCCUAUCUUCUAAGUCUCCUCUCUCUCUACUGAAACCUGCAACUGAAGGAGAUUCCAAUUUUGAUCAUUUAAAUUGGUUAUUGCUCAAGUGGUAUAUUGGAGCCUCAAUUUCUCCUUCAGUUUUUGAGGAUGUUGGGUUCUUAAAUUCUCUUAAGUUUCUCAAUUCAUCAGUCACACUUUGGUCCUCAGACAAGUUCGAGGCUGUUUCAUUAGAAGUCUUCAGAGCUAUGAGAGAAGAUGUAAAAACAUUAUUAGAGCGUAUCAGUUCUAAAGUUUCUAUCACUCUGGAUUUCUUCACCUCUCAUGAAGAAUUGAAUUUUAUGUUCAUUUACUGUCACUGGAUUGAUGAGAAUUGGUCCUUACACAAAGUUCUUCUCGAUUUGCGUCACAUUCCUUAUCCAUCCACAGGCUCAGAGAUCUACCAUGCAAUUAUAGAAAUCCUCAGAAUGUAUAAUCUGGAGAAGAAGGUCCUCUCCUGCACUAUUGAUAAUAGUCAACAGACUUUUAAUGCUUGCCAUUUCCUUAAAGAGGAAUUGGAAUCUCGCAAGGUGCCCUUCUGCUUCAUACCCUGCGCUGCUCAUGCCUUGAACCAGAUUAUAGAGGAUGGUCUCAGAAGCCCAAAACCAAUACUAUCGAAGAUCCGUGAAUUUGCACUGGAGCUGAACAAAGUAUCAGGACUUGCUCAAGAUUUCAAACAAUUGGCUACAAUCUAUCAAGAAGGUUCAUGGAAAUUCCCUCUUGAUACUUCAGCAACUUGGAAUGGAAACUAUGCAAUGCUCGACCUCGUAUGGAAGGCAUCAAACUCCAUGGACAGUACCAUUAAGAAGCAUGAAGAAAUUUUUGGAGGCAGAAAUCUAUUGCUGAACAGUACAGAGAAAUCCGUGGUUGACAAAUUGCAUUCCUACCUGGAACCAUUUCAUAAAAUCACAUCUAAUCUAAGCACCUGCAAGGUCGCUACAGUUGGCCUGAUUCUCUUCUUUGUCGAUCAUGUAUUUGAACUGAUUAGUACUUGCAAAGAUGCUUGCCGCCAUGACUGGCUGAAGAGCAUUGCAGAUGAUAUGGCAAACCAAGCUCGAGGUUUCAGCUCUCGGGGAUACAAUCUCUUCACAUACAUGGCUGCAGUUCUUGAUCCAAGAUUAAAGAAGGAGCUCAUUCCUGAAAAACUCAACUCUGAAAAGAACCUGGAAGAAGCUAAGAACCAUUUCAAAAGACAUUAUGGAAGUUGCCAGUUCCCUUCCAUGUCCAAUGGCUUCAAUUCUCAAGAUCCAGAGGAGGAGAAUGUUGUUUCAUUUGCUGAAGAAAUCGCUCGAAAACGCCGCCGGGUGACCACGAACGCCGCUGCCGAUGAACUGUCUCAGUAUUUAUCAGAACCUCUGGCUCCUUUUGCAACUGAUGUUUUAGAAUGGUGGAAGGUGAAUAGUUCAAGAUACCCUCAACUUUCCGCCAUGGCUCGAGACUAUUUGGCUGUGCAGGGAACCUCCAUUGAUCCAGAUGAGUUGUUUUCAAGCAAAGGAGAUCAGAUUCGGAAGCAAAAGUUCUGCUUGUCUCAUGGAAGUUUGCAGGCCGUAAUGUGCAUCAAUUUAUGGAGUCAGAGUGGCUUCAAAUUCAAGUUCAAAUCAUCUGAAAUAAACUUUGAGAAGCAGGUAGAAAGCAGCUUCAUUGGCUCUGAGAAUUCCAAAUGUUGAGAACUUUUAAAUUACUGUAAGUCUGUAAUCAUGUAUUAUAUUCCAGUAUUGUUGUAAUCCUCAACCUUCAUAUGCAAAGCCUUGAUUUUUUUUUUUUGUUCUA